AUGUGCAUUUACGUGUACAUCUCCCUGUAUGACCUUGUAACUAACCCCCCCCCCACGCCUGACCCGCCGCCUGUGUUCCAGAGGCGCCCUUCGAGAUCCCCGCCGAAGGAGCGCCCUCUCCGCCCCCGCCUCCUCCCCCCGAGCGGCGCCUCCUGCAGGUCCCGACGGGCGCGCACGGCCUUCACCUACGAGCAGCUGGUGGCGCUGGAGAACAAGUUCAAGCACACGCGGUACCUGAGCGUGUGCGAGCGCCUGAACCUGGCCCUGGCGCUCAACCUGACGGAGACGCAGGUCAAGAUCUGGUUCCAGAACCGCCGCACCAAGUGGAAGAAGCAGAACCCCGGGUGCGACGUCAGCACGCCUCCGCUCUCCACAGGGGGGUCGACAGGGGUCACGUGCUUCCCCAUGGAGCACCAGCUGUACCCGCAGCUGGCGUAUUUGAUGGCGCCCGGCAUGGCCCUCCCUCGCGCACCCACACCUGAACCACCUGCACCACUUGCGCCACCUGCACCGCAUGUGAAGGCGGUGCAGGUGGAACUCACUCACUCUGCCUGUAAUCAGCCCUGUCAGUAUAACAGAGUAAAUUACGUAGACACAAGCAGACGCUCCAGUUCUUGGGCGUAUGGUUUCGGCUGCGUCCAAACCAGUGACAUGUUGCUUGGAGACAAAUUGGAAACAUUGUGGACACACUAG